AGCUUUAAGCAAGCAGUUGCAUUCCAAUUUUGCAGAAACUCCGUUGAAUUUUGCAGAAACUCCGUUGUUUGUUCCUCCUCCAUGUCCGUCAUCUCCUCAUCCUCCGCCGUCCCCAGGCGCCAUGGCUGGCAACGCCCCCUCCACCCUUUACAGAUUGUGGGUAUCUCAGUUUUCUUUUUCCUAGUGGCUGCUUUCUAUUGCUUCCUUGGCCUUUUCGUCGGCCACAGAAUUGCAGAGAUCACCAUCAACACUGUCUUCUCUUUUGCGGCACUUUCAGUUGCUCUUCUGUUCAUUAGGUGUUCCGCCAUUGAUCCUGGUGACAGGACCAGAUUUAGAUUUAGAAAGAAGAAGAAGAGGAAGCCCAAUGUUCCUAUCGGGCUCUCAGACCUUAAUUACAAAUUCAUUUUCAGCCGGAUUUUGUUGCGAUUCUUCAAGAGGAUUGAACGUAAGAUUCUGAGGACUUGCAUAAGAAGGAAAUACGUCCUGGAUGAACCAUGGAAUAAUAAAGUUCAUAUGGAGCUCCCUCUUCUGAUCCCAUUUCCCCUUAUCCUCGAGGAGGACGAUUCUCUUGCUCCCAAUCCCAAACAGGAUGACAAUGACAUCUCAUUCUGCUCCCUCUGUGAUUUUGAGGUCAACAGGUACAGCAAACAUUGCAGGACCUGCAACCGUUGUGUUGAGGGAUUUGAUCACCACUGCAGAUGGCUGAAUAACUGCGUUGGGAAAAAGAAUUACACAAGCUUCAUUCUUCUGAUGAUUUUUGUGCUGAUAAUGCUAGUUGUACAAGGAGGAACUGCUGUAGCAGUAUUUGUAAGGUGCUUUGCUGAUAGCAAGGGAAUAGAAGAGGAGUUGAUAACAAGACACUAUGUAAAAUUCCCAAGAGGACUACUUGCUGCCUUAUCCGUGGUAUUGGUUUUGGUAACGACAUACAGCACAGCUGCAUUGGGACAACUCUUUUUCUUUCAUGUACUCCUCAUCAGAAAGGGAAUAUCAACUUACGACUACAUUUUAGCAAUGAAAGAAGAGAACCAGUCCAUGGAAAUCGAAUCCCUUGAAGACUCAGACUUAUCUUCUGAUGAUGAUAAUGAUGACGAAGGUUACUCUGACUGGGAUUCACCUGAAAAAAAGCCUACAUUUAUAUCGCGGAUUAUAGCUUGCAAAGAUGGAAAGAACCCAGAAAAGCUGGCGAUAAGGAUUGAUGGAGAAGGAGCUGAAGAAUCAUCAUUGUCUGAUGUGUCGAACAAAAAGCAAGGUUUCCGUGCAAGCAUUGACCCAUGGAAACUAAUAAACCUGAGCAGGGAGAAAGCUCUACUUGCAAGGGAAAAACUUCUGAAACAAAAGCCGAUUGUGGACAGUGAUCCAUUGAAGCCCCUGCCCCUGGAAAUUAAAAGUGGACCACUUAUGAAACCAGAUAAUAAAGAUAGAGAAGCAGCAGGAUUUGGUUUGAUUGCUAAAGGAGUAGCUGUGAGGGGACAGUUUUCUUCAAGUCCAAGAAGACGACUUUCGUCUUCUCCAAAGCCGCAGCACCAUCAUGCUAUUAUUACUUCUGUGCCAUCACCAAAGCACAAUAGGUACCGAAGUGAUUUUGAUUUGAAGUUGACUCAAGUCUCCAGAGAACUUGAGACAUACAUAUCCAGACAGGUUCUGUGCUCUGUUUUGAAGAAUGAUUCUCCAAGAUGACAGAGAGAGUCCGCAACAACUGAAACUAAACUACAGCUUACUACAUUCUCAGUCUUUGAGAAAAGAAAAAAAAAACACCUUUUCUUAAUUAUUAUAUUUUUUUCUUUAAUUUGCUUGUUUAUUUGUGUAACAUACUGAUGAGAGUAAUUAAUUCAUAUAUCAUACAUGGCAUUCUUCUUUCACACAACAACAUGAUUAUGUAAGGAAAUGUAAAAACACCUUUCUCUGUUUGCAUUGUACCUAUAUAUUGAAGUCAAUUUGCUCAUUCAUCAAAA